CCACUCAAGGCCGUUCAACCAAUCCGGUCGCAGAAAAUAGCAGCCGAAGCACUAUAAACAAUCGCCAUCUUGAAUCUAGUUCCCCGAGAAAACACCUCCGAUUUUCUGCCGGGUGAUCGCUUUCCCUCUAAAUGUUUCCGAAGUGACGCUACCAAAGUCUAGUUGGGCUGUUGUCCUUGCGGUGUUUCGCCGGUAAAUGGUGUCGCUAUGCCUCCAGUAAAGCGCCAAAGUCCAAAACCUAGGACCAAAAGCACCGAUAACGCGAGGGUUGUUGAGUUGCGAAAAGAGCGUUCAAGAGAUGCUGCACGCAAUCGGCGUGGUAAAGAGAAUGCACAGUUUGAUGAGCUUGCGCGACUUCUUCCUCUUCCUGCCGCCAUCACCUCCCAACUGGAUAAGGCCUCCAUUGUUCGCCUUACUAUCAGUUAUCUGAGCAUGCGAGAGUUCGCUGGGAACUCCCCUAAAAAAUUGGACACUGCCUUCCUAUCUCGAGAAGGUCUGGAUGCAGGUCUGGGUAAUACCGAUGGGUCCUCAUCCUCAAAAGAAGUUGUUGCCUACAAUUCAAAUGCCCAAUCAUCUUCUAUGCCUGAGGAAACUGGAAACCAACUUCUUCAGGCCAUGGAUGGAUUUCUAAUGGUUUUAUCUCAAGAAGGGAAGAUUCUUUACAUAUCAGAAACAGUCUCAGUCAAUCUGGGCCUUUCUCAGGUUGAGCUGACUGGAAAUAAUGUAUACCAUUACGUUCACCCUGAAGACCAAACUGACCUGGCAAACCAGUUGUAUGAGAUAGAGAUUUUAGCCAGUGAUGUCGAUGCCCACCAACAAGCCCCUGGUUCCCCUUACUUUCAAGAUAAUAGCCCAAGCCCUACUGAUACCAAGUCCUUCUUUAUGCGAAUGAAGUGUACCCUUGUAAGGCGAGGCGGCUCUUAUACUAAAUCAUCUGGUUUCAAGGUUAUCCACUGUGUGGGUCGAUUGAAGAAGUAUGCUUUAGACAAUGAGUCAACUCACAGAAAAGCAUUUGUGAUGGUCUGCCAGUCUGUGAUGAGUAUGAACAUCAACGAACUUCCUCUUGAAUGUAACAUGUUCGUGAGCAGAGUCAACAUGGAUUUGAAGAUUGUGUACUGUGAGGGAAGGAUUCAUAAGUUCAUGGAUUACUUUGCUAAAGACAUUGUUGGUAUAUCUGCCUACGACUUCUACCAUGCAGGGGAUGUCGCUGUUAUUCAGGGCCAUCAUGCCAAGUUUCUAGCCAAGGGCCAAAUUAUGACCAAGUACUACCGGUGGAUGAAUAAAAAUGGGGGAUGGGUAUGGAUGCAAACAAAGUGCUCGCUCAUCCCUCACCCAUCAAACCCUGAACUCAAACAGAUGCUUUGCCUCAACUAUAUCCUCAGUGAGGUAGAGCAUAGAAGUAUCGUGCUGGGUAUGGCCCAGUUGCAUGGCAAGCCACAGUUGGCAUCUGCUGAGCACAACAUAACUGAGAUUACCACGGAGGUGGUUGACUCUAAUACCGAUGAGGAGAUGAAGGAUGCACUUAUUGAUGAUCAAGUCAUGGUGUUUCCAAAAUGGCAUGCAACAUCUGAUAAACUUGUGCCAGAGAGGACACUUCUGGACCAGAUGGCUUUACAGCGGACUGGUUAUGAAACAGGGAUAGAGCAAAUCUUCCCGCCCAGCACAUGGCAAAAAUCCCAAGAUAUCUCACCCACUAAUGCUAUGGUCAGCGACAGUGAAAUAGAUGAUAAGGAGUUACAGGACAUUGCAGAGAUCAUCAAUUCAGACUUGACUGAUUUUGACCGAAAGCUUUUGGAUUAUGUCGCGGCUGGAGGUAUUGAUAACUUCCAGACAAAACCUGAGUACCUGAAUCCCAUUGGAGCUUACAUUGAGGAGAUCCCUCAGGACACGCCCACCAUCACGCUCAGCAGAGCAGGGCUGGUUGUUCCUAAAGUAGAGGAGGGGCUGUAUUCAUCUGGGGCAAGCGCCUGCGCUCAAGUAACUAACAGUAGCGGCAUGCAUGAGAACGUCUACGAGUCUUUUGCCAUAGGCACCUCCACGGCACAGAGAUCUAACACCUUGAAGCGCUCCGGAGUCCCUAUGAAUUCUGACAUGUCAUUGAGUUGCAGUUUCCCAGAAAAAAUCCCGAGACUUAGUCACAGCCCAGUUAUGUAUACCGAAGACAGUGGAAGUAGUCGUCGGUCACCUUUCCCAUUACAACAGCCUCCAGUAAGACUUGACACUCAGUCAUAUGCACGAAACUCCAGCAGCCCGUGCUCUGUUGGAGUGUCAAAGCCACCGCAGUACCAGGCGAUGAAUCCUAAUAACGCGCCUAGAUUCACUCAGACUACAGCCGUGUCCAGUAAUACCUCCAGUUAUGGAGAGAAUUCUGGCGAAACAGGGACGUCCACUAAUCAAGGACUUACUGGACAAACACAAAGUUCUGCUGGUUCAAAAUCAUUGGUGACAAGAAAAAAGCCUCAAAGCCUGCUUGAGCAAUUGAUCCAGAUGCCAAAUACGAGCAGCAAUAGUGAUGAAUACAACGAUGAACUUAUUUUUGAUAUAUUCGAAGAGUUGCUAAAUGAAGGUGACAGCAGAAGAACGUGCCAAGACAAAUCUUCUAUUGCCAAUAGCCUCCCAGUUCCUGUACAGGAAAUUAAGCAAGAAGUUGUCACGCCUACCGCCCCAGAGCCGAGUGUGUCAUUCAGUAAGUGCUUCAACAUCCCACAGCAUCAGAACAGCAGACAGUCUUCCCCUAGCAUUCCCAUGAGUAACAACACCUCUACCAGUCAGCAAUGGGCUAACAACAAUUGGCAGCAGGAGGGGAUUCAGACGCAGCAACAACAACAGGAGAGGCAACAACUACAGCGGCGACAGCUCCUCCAACAACAACAGCAACAGAAGCCAAAACAACUACUUCCACAACGAGUACAGCAACAGCAGUACCUGCCACGGCAGCAAGUAUGGCAACAGCAACAGCCCGUGGCAUCUCCCCAGGGACUCAAUCCACUACAAACCUAUCCACAGCAACAGCAGCCACACCCACCCUACACCCAGCCCCGACAGCCAUCGCAACAGCUGCAGCAACCGCCUGAGGCAUACCAACAACGGUAUCAACAGAAUCCGCGGUCUGGCCAGACCCAGCAGGGCUUCGGCAAUGAUCUCCUCUCGCUGCUCCAGCGAAAGGGUGACACAGGUUUUAGUGGCCAGCGUAAUAUUAGCAUCUCAACCGCACCUUUGCCUGACCUGGGUAAUGGCCUUGACGAAGAACUGAACAAACUCCCCAUGGCGAUAACAAGCCUGGCAAACCAAAUUAUCGAUAAUGGGUCUACUAUCGCGGGGGAAAAUCCUUCCAGCGAACUUAAUAAUUAUACAGGUAUGAUGUAAAAGAGAAAUGUUCUUGUAAAUGAUUAGUACUGUAGUUUACCAAGUGUACAUAGACCGCUCCUGUGACACGCAAAGGUGAAUAUCUACCGCUAUCUACCCUGUGUAUGUCACGUUAAUCGUAUCCGUCCUAUGAAUGUAGUACCUACCUAUAAUUCAAUGUAACAUAAAAUAUUUAGAAUGGUUAUAGAGAGCAGGGUGUUAUUCGUACUUGAUAUAAUCAGAGCAUGUUUUUUUACUGGCACAAGUCCCUAGCCAUUGACUGGACCUCAAAGAGGUUCAAAUAAAUAUAGCUUUUUUUAGAGAGGAGUAGAAUAUCAUACAAAUUUAUGUCUCGUUCGUAUUAAGUAGAUAGCAAAGCGAGUUAAGUCGAAAUCAGGUCUACAUGGUACAAUCCUUAUAGGGGUAACCCGUACUUUUUUCGAAAGUUAAGUACAAUGUUGUUUUCAUCAAAAUAAUUAUCCUUUUGAAAUAUUUCACGACUUGUCAUUACUUUCUAUUGUUUGAAAACGUACUUAAAGUAUAUGAAUACCUAAGAAAUUGACAUUGAUGGCAUUAAAAAUACCUCCUUUCCCUGGUAUGUUUUGAGGAACAAUCCUCCAGCCCCUUACGUCGUUCUACCUAAGGCCUUGUAGUCACGCUAUUGUCAACGAAAUGUUAUCAUCACUAUUUUACGGGGAGAUUUUCACUAUUUUUGUGGUUUACGACGACCGUAUCGCCUGUGCCUUAAUGUAUGGUCGAAGGAUUUUGUUUAACAAUUGAAAACGGGCUUUGAAAUGUCGACGAGCGCCAGAACAACUUAUAAUCGAAUACUCAACAAACUGGAAGUAAAUACCAUAGUAUUUCUGAAACAUUAAAAUUAAAACUUGAACAAGUUCUUACUUCUGGUGUAGAGUUUUAAGUAUUUAACUAACUCUCAUGAACAUGUGUGCGAUCGUAGGGGAAACGACAUAUUACUUUUAACUACUUGUAGAAAGCAUAACAAACGCUUUACAACGCAUAACAAACGCAUUUGCGGAUUUUUUUUAUUAUAGACGUUAUGGGGCAUAUGCUAUUUAGUGCUUCCUAUUAAAUGUUUACCUUAGACACAUUUGAGUGGUGAAUAAAGAGCUCUUACUGUAGUACUUUAUACAGAUUGAGAAACAAAUAUAUUUUGAGUCGCUGACUUGUUGACUUUAGAGAGGCAGAGGCUAAGAGUAUAUAACUUAGUUCGCAAACAGGAAACAUAAUCGAGCCUUUUGCCCUACAUUACUGAGGAUUUAAAACGUGUAUAUUCUAAUGAUCUAUGAGAUUAAUAUGGAUGUUUGAAGAUCAAUCUACCCAACCAUAUCCCCCUGCCUUGUUUCCCUGUAAAUCGCUCGUAUAUCUUUUAUCUAAAACGAUUUAGUUAUUUGCGUGGCGCAGGGCCAACUUAAACCACACCUCAUGAUAUAUAAGAUUGGUGUUCAACACGUCGGUAAAUUAGUCACAGCGUUGGACCCAACUAGGCGUUGAUCCGUAAUGGGUCAACUAAGUUCCAAAAUGACAGAGAAGGAUGUCUAGGAUGUACCAAGGUUUUUAACCUUUUGAAUAUUCAAAAUUUUGUGUCGCAUUUCUGUUAAAAUGCUACUGGCAUUUUACGACAAGAAGGCGCGGCCAGUAUGUAGAUGCUUGGGGUGUUUUUUUUUAGUGCUUUCGUGUUGAACACGUCGUGCUCUGUCUAACGCUGUUGAUUUUAUGUUAUUGUAGGUAGAUAAUAGACAAAAAAUUAACAUUACACACAGAAGAUCAGCGAAGGAAAGAUGAAUAAAACAUGCAGUUAAAACA